AUGACCCUCCAGUAUCACAAGAACUCACGAGACAACAAAUUCGAGCUUGGAAGAAGUGCGCCGACGACUGCAGGGCCAACUUCAAACACGUCCUCCUAUGGCCUUGCAUGUAUUGCCUCCACUACAUCGACUACAAAGAACGACCUAAAAGUUCACGUUUCUUCUGCAGGCGAUCGGAAUGUGUGGGUAGAGGCAAAAUCCAGGUGA